AUGUCUCUCAGAUCUAGAUCCUUGAAUUUUCGACAUUUUUAUGUCUCUUUUCCUCAAGAAAGGGUUGUUCAGGUCACGCUGAAUAGACCUGAAAAGCUCAAUUGUAUCGACCAAGCUACGAGUCGGGAAAUCCAAGAAAUAUGGGAGCUUUUUGAUCAAGAUGAAAGCUUAUGGGUUGGUAUUAUCACAGGCGUGGGGAGAGCUUUUUGUACUGGGGCCGAUCUGCAAGAAUGGAACGAGAUGAAUAGGACAGGGGUGGUCAAUGACAUGUCUGCACCAGGUCUUGCAGGACUCCCUCGUCGAGGUGGCAAAAAGCCGAUUAUUGCUGCAGUCAAUGGCAUAUGCAUGGGAGGAGGUUUUGAAAUGAUAACCAAUUGCGAUAUCGUAAUCGCUGCAUCCACGGCCGUGUUUUCUCUGCCCGAAGCGAAGCGUGGCAUAGUCCCUGUGGCGGGUUGUCUACCGCGGCUAGUUCGCACUCUGGGUUUGCAACGCACCUCGGAUCUGGUCUUGACUGGUAAAAACGUAAGUGCCAAGACGCUGUGUGAUUGGGGACUCGUCACUCGAGUGGCAGACUCCGGUACCGAUGUUGUUGAUGUUGCGGUCCAAGUUGCGCAAGACAUGUGCAAGAAUAGUCCAGAUGCGUUGAUUAUUGGUCGUAUGGGUAUUCGGUUGGGCUGGGAAGCUGGCAGUGUAGAGGAAACGGUUUCGACUUUGGCUGAUGAAUGGUAUCCCCGCCUGGUUAAAAGUCCCAAUUUUGCCGAAGGUAUCCAGGCAUAUGUGGACAAACGAUCUCCUAAUUGGACAAAUUCAAAGCUGAAGGAGAAUGGAGAAAAUGGUGUGGUGCUAUGCGGAAUUGUUAAAUCACCGAUGCAACUCCUCCCGGUCUGUCAACGUUCCAAGCAGAGUGGAAUAAUGGCCGAUCUCGUCGAGCUCAUCAACCCUGACCGAACAACUUCAGGACUUAGAGACCAGAAUAUCUGGCCUACCGACAGCAUGGGCUCUAUACAUGUCGAUGAUACACAAGGUCAACACUCUCCUGAAAAUGGGUUUGUUGAUUUAUUGUCAGGUCAGCCUGAUGGUGAAGGUUUUAGGUCUUUUUACAUAAAUGGUCUUGCAUCCGAUCAGACCAUUACUCAGACGGGCAUGAGAGAGGAUGUUCUACUUUUAUCCUGGCUCAUCGUGCUCUUGCGAACCCGGGAAGAAGGUAGCCAGCUAUCUUACGAUUGGGCGUACAAGAGUCGAGAGAGUAACUUUGAGCUUGAGCCGGUGAAGGGACGUCUCUCGCUAGAUAAAAUAACGACAGGAUUGGAGAAUAAUGUCGGACAGGUUACUUCUGAGGUUUCACGCCAUAUCGCGAAGUUUGCAUUAAUUCAGGGUGCAGCUAUAUCCAGUCCCGUCUCGAUUAUAUUGAGCACCAGUUCUCUGUCACAGACGUCUGAAGAGGCGAAAGAUGAAGGUGUCCUCCACCUCGAAGUACGUUUUGUUAAUAACCUUCUCGAAAUCUGUUCUGUGUGGUACACCGAGACCAUACUGGAAUUUACAGUCACGCACUUUGUCGAGACACUGGUCGACACCAUCAGGAUGUGCAUUUCAACUCCCGAUGCUUCUAUCGAAGACUGUAUUCGCCCGACCACACGUGAUCUGAACGAGAUAUGGCGAUGGAAUCACCAACUACCUCCAACUUACAGCUCUUGUAUGCACGACAUGAUUUUCGAACAAGCUAAACUAUCACCCAAUAAAGUAGCAAUCGAUUCUUGGGAUGGUAGUUUGACGUACGCUCAGGUCGAUCAAUAUUCCACUUUCGUAGCGUGCUCUCUCAGAGAAAUGGGUGUUAAGCUACAUGACGUCCUACCCGUCUGCUUUGAGAAAUCGAGAUGGACAAUAGUAGCUGUGCUUGCGGUUAUGAAAGUAGGCGCAACCUUGCUGAUGACUGACCCAACGCUUCCGCUUGCCCGCCUCCAAAACAUGGCGGAACAAGUGAGCGCAAAGGUAAUAGUGACAUCUCGCGACCAAUACGAGUUUUCAGAGUCGAUCAUUCCAGAUGGAAUUAUUAUGGUCGUGGAAGCAGAAACAUUCACGCACUUCUCAAAUCCACCCGUUAGCCCACGAUUAGAAGCUGUGCCACCGUCUGCCUUAAUGUACAUAAUUUUUACUUCUGGCAGCACAGGCACCCCAAAAGGUGUCAUGCUUUCGCAUGAAACCUAUACAAGUAGUGCCGUUCCUCGAGCGAAAGCAGUUGGCUAUACGGAAGACUCCAGGGUUCUUGAUUUUGCGGCUUACGCCUUCGAUGUUAGCAUUGACAGCAUGCUAUUGACUCUUGGAAAUGGUGGGUGCCUUUGCAUCCCCUCGGACGAGGAUCGAUUGAACGACAUCAAUGGAGUAAUGCGAAAUAUGCAGGUCAAUUACGCAGGCUUAACCCCUUCAGUUGCCCGCAUUCUGGACUCGGAUGUUAUAAAAUCGCUUAGCGGUUUGGGUCUUGGAGGAGAGGCGUCGUCAGUAAGAGAUGUUACGAUUUGGGGCCAAGACACCAGGAUUAUUAUAGGCUACGGUCCUUGCGAAUGUACUAUCGGAUGUACAAUAAAUAGCGACACUGCUACUGGUAGAAACUACAUCUCUAUUGGAGAAGGAAAUGGAGCAGCUAUUUGGAUUACCCAUCCCGACGACCACGAACAGCUAAUGCCCGUUGGUGCUGUGGGAGAAUUGCUUGUCGAGGGGCCUAUUGUAGGUCAAGGCUACUUGAAUGAUCCCGAGAAGACUGCAGCGUCUUUCAUCAAAGAUCCAUCGUGGCUUACCGCAGGCCACAGCAGAUAUGAUGGUCGUCAAGGGCGUCUAUACAAAACCGGAGACCUUGGAAAAUAUGACCCUGACGGUUCUGGAGGCAUCUUGUUUGUUGGAAGGAAAGAUACACAAGUCAAAUUGCGUGGACAACGUGUUGAACUCGGUGAGAUUGAAAGUCAGCUCAUGGCCAGGCUACCUUCGGAGAUCAGCGUGAUUGCUGAGGUUAUUGUGCCUCAAGGACUUGGAGGUCAACCUACGUUGGUCGCAUUCGUUGGACCUCAACAAAAGAAGAGUCAGGAGGGUACUGAUAUAAAUUCGAUUCAGCUUCAUGAAGAGCUGAGCCAAGCGCUGUCAAAAGCCAACACAGAGUUGACCAAGAUUUUACCACGAUAUAUGGUGCCAACCGCAUAUAUACCAGUCAAUUACAUUCCUGUUUUGAUCUCAAGCAAGAUUGAUCGUAAACGACUUAGGCAAUUUGGUGCCACGGUGGACUUGCGGGAUGUACAUGAAGAAACAACCAGCACUCGGGAGUUGAGUGAUCUUGAGAAACGUUUGCAACAGGCCUGGAGCCAGAUAUUGAAGCUUGAUGCAGAAUCCAUUCGACUCGACGAUAAUUUCUUUGCACUAGGUGGUGACUCUUUGGCGGCAAUGAAACUCGUAUCUGUUUGUAGGGAGGAACGUCUCGAUCUUAGUGUCAUCAACACUUUCAGCCACCCUACACUCUCAGCGAUGGCCGAAGUCGUGCAAGUUUACAACUCGCAAGUACGGACAGAACUACCAACAUUUUCAUUGAUUUCUCAAUCUCCCGAAAGUGCCUGUAUCGAAGCGUCAGAGAUGUGUGAAUCGGACCAGGCAGCCAUCGAGAACAUUUACCCUUGCACACCCACGCAAGAGUCCCUGUUUACAUUUGCACUCAAAUCAACCGAGGUGUACGUUGCUCAGAGAGUCACAUGUAUUCCAUCUCAUAUCGACCUCGAAGCCUGGAAGAAAGCAUGGGAGGAUGUCGUUGCAGCUAUCCCUAUCCUGCGCACUCGCGUAGCCCAGCUCCAAGAGCCAGGCCUUCAGCAAGUUAUACUUAAAGAAAGAAUCUUCUGGAGGAGCUCAAAUAAUCUAGAGCAAUAUCUUGACAGUGAUCGCAAUGAAAGAAUGGAGUUGGGACAAAGCUUAGCUCGAUAUGCUAUCGUCAACCAGCCAGACGAUGAUAAGCGAUACAUGGUAUGGACUAUUCAUCACGUAGUUUACGAUGGAUGGUCAGAACCGUUAUUACUUAAGGCAGUCAGCAAUGCUUUGCAAGGUCAAAAUGUCGAGAUGCAAGCACAUAUGAGUGACUUUGUCAAAUAUGUGCGUGACACAGAUGAAGUCGCCAUGCAAGAAUUUUGGCGAGUAGAAUUGGAAGAUGCCGUUGGACCUCAGUUUCCGCGUUUACCUUCUAGAGAUUACUUACCAACUCCAGAUGCAAAUCUCGAAAUUGACAUCACCCUUGACAGAAGCACUAAAUCACCUUUUACAAUGGCAACAUUGAUUCGUGGUGCAUGGGCGCUUGUAGCUUCGCAAUACACAGGAAGCGACGACGUGGUGUUUGGUGAGACGCUCGCAGGUCGAGACAUCUCAUUGACGGGCGUCGAGAGCAUUGUUGGUCCGUUGAUUGCAACAGUACCUGUUCGCAUCAACGUCAACCGAUCAAGCUCCAUUAAGUCUUAUUUGCAGAGCGUGCAGCAAAGCAUGUUGGCACGCAUACCGUAUCAGCAUAUGGGGAUGCAAAACAUCAGAAAGGUUAGCCAAGAUGCCCAACAUGCAUGCGAAGCUGGCACAGGAUUGGUUAUCAAUUCAGAACCUGAGUAUGUGGGUGAUGAUCUUGGAUUCAAGUCAGGAGAUGUUGAACUCGAAUCCCUUCAUUUCAACCCAUAUCCGCUCAUGCUAGCCUGUGGAAUACGUAAAACCGGGUUCAGAAUCUGCGCAAACUUCGAUAGCAGCCUGAUUGAGAUCACCCAGAUGGAGCGAAUGCUUGCGCAGUUACAGAUGGCCUGUUUACAGUUAAGCAAAGAUCUUUCUAGAAGCAUUGACGAGGUCUCAUGUCUACCCGAGGCGGAAUUGAAUCAAAUCUGGCAAUGGAACCAAGCCUCUCCAUUGUCCCUGGAUAAGUUGUCAAAAAGGAUUCGCGCAGAUGCAAGCAUCAAGCAGGGAUCGAUCUAUCCUCAGGCGGUGAUUUCUUGGGUUUGCGAUCCACGAAAUCCAUCUCUACUGUCACCAAUCGGCUGCGUUGGCGAGCUCUGGCUUGAAGGGGCUUUCUUUACAGAAGAAACCGUUGAGUCUCCAGCCUGGCUCGUGACUGGAAGCUCUACGUAUGGUGGCCGCACUGGCAGAGUGCAACCCACGGGCGAUAUGGUCCGAUUACUAGAGGACAAGAGCUUAGUAUUUGUUGGCCGAAAGGAGAAUGUUAUGCCAAUUCAAGGCCAUGCAGUGGACAUCACAGAGCUCGAAGCUCACUUCGCCAAAUACCUCCCAGACACAGUGCGUGCAGCUGCAGCCGUAUAUCAGCCAUUGUCGGAAGACUCCCAACAGGCUUCAAAACAAGAGGUGCUGAUCUUCGUAGAACAACAGCUUUCUGAAGAAAAAACUGUCAACAUCAUAUCGGCGAAGCACAACAUAACUUGUGAUGUAUCAGAUUCGCAAAGUUUCGAAACGGCUAUCUGUACUGAGAUUCCUUUGGGUCUUGCUCUAGCACUCAAAAAACUCGACAAAUUCAUUCAAGACUCUCUUCCAUCGUACAUGAUGCCCUUUGCGUAUGUCGUAAUUGACAAAAUGCCAAUCGAGAUGAAGGAUAUUGAUCAUAGUUUGUUAAAUCAGUUAGCCUCAACAACUCCUCGACCCGUGCUCUCCGAGCUUCGUCAAGGAUUUAAAGAGGUCUGGUCGAAUAACUUAGCGAAACAGAAUUUGACAACUGCGGAAAAUAUUCUUCAGGCUGCUUGGGCGAAUAUACUUAAGAUUCCUUCGGAGAAGAUUGAUAUUGAUGACAACUUCUUCCGUCUCGGCGGCGACUCUGUCAUGGCGAUGAAAUUAGUGUCAAGUCUUCGUGUGCAAGGACAUGGUCUAACAGUGGCUGAUAUCUUCCAACAUAUGCGUCUUGGUGAUGCCGCCAAAGUGUUAAAGAUAGACCAAGUAUCGACUAAUAAGGUACAGCCUUACAAACCGUUUUCGACAUUAAACACUGUAGACAUAGAGCCAUUCCUGUCUGAGGUUAUCCGGCCGAAGCUUGCAGAUCCAAAUUGGUCUAUUCGGGAUGUAUCUCCGGCGACAGAUUCCCAAGCGCUCGAUAUUAGAGGAACUAUUCAGUCACUGCGUACCUCCAUACAAUACACCAUGUUGUACCUCGAUGAAAGCAUCGAUCGCCAGCAACUAUUCCGCGCCUGCAAAGAGCUCAUUAAAACUCACGAAAUUUUACGCACAGUUUUCAUCGAACACGAGUCGAACUUCUUUCAAGUUGUCAUCGACGAGCUGAAUGCCUCUGAUAUGACCACGCUACGAACUGAUAAGGAUAUUGAACAAUACGCCACCGAGCUCUGUACAAUGGACAUAGAAUCAGGCUUUCAGCUGGGAUCCUCUUUCCUCAAAAUACUACAUGUCGAAGACAACAACGGUAAAGAAUGCCUCAUUCUAGGCAUGUCUCACGCUCUAUAUGAUGGUGUCUCCCUACCCAUGUUACUUAGAGAUUUGGAAAUCCUCUACAAAGGAGAAAAUGUCGUCGAUUUUGAACCUUUCUCAUCAUACAUGGCACGAACUUGCGAUAAACGUGCACAGACUACCGCCAUCAAUUACUGGCGCAAUCUUCUCAACGGCUCAUCAUUAUCUAUUUUGGAAGGGAAGUCAGCAGAGCCUACAGACAAAGCAAUCUUCCAAGCAAAACCCGUCGAUAUCUCUCAACGUCCCGAAGAUAUCACCACGGCAAACUUGCUCACAGCAGCAUGGGCAUUAGUUCUCGCACGUCGUCUCCAGAAGCCAGAUGUCACAUUCGGCAGCAUCACUUCUGGGCGAAACAUCGACCUAGCCGGCGCGGAGAACAUCAUGGGUCCAUGUUACCAAUUCACCCCGACGCGAGUCCCGUUCGAGUCGCAGUGGACAGCCAUGGAUCUCUUGAGAUUCGUUCAAAAACAAAGUGCCGAAUCGGCAGCCCAUGAUUUCCUCGGCUUCAACAAGAUUUCCACGCAGUGCACCGGGUGGUCAUCGGUUUCCAAGACGCAAUUCUUCGACUCCAUCGUUCAUCAUCAGGACUGGGAUGAUUUCGAUACGAUGCCUUUUGCGGGAGGUAUAUGUAAAGUGGAUAUUGUUAAUCCGCAUGGUGAUGCGGCGACUCCGUUUAAGGCGGUCUCGUUUGUGAAGGGGGGGCAGAUGCAUGUUGGGGCUGUGGGGAGUGUGAGAGAUACUGUGUUUGUGGAGGGGGUUCUGGAUGAGUUGGUGCUUGCUAUUCAGGAAUUGGCGAAUAGUCGGUUGGAAUUGUUGUUUGAUGGAAAGAUGUUCUAA